GCGUUUGCGCGUAGGUGUGCAAUUUUGCUAUCGACUAAACAUUUACAACUUCCGCCCAUUUCGUCGCCAAUAUCUACUCGACUUGCAUUACCACUAGUCGUCAUUUGGUCUGAUGCGAAGCGCAACACCGGUCGGGUUUUAUUCUUGAGUAGUCUCUACGUCCCACAAAGCCCACUGGUUUUUAACCUCGAGAACUGUUUACCUGGCGCUUUUUACAUCUUCUUAUAUCUUUACCAUAUGUACACGAAACUGCGCACUUGCCACGCCUUCCGUGUUCAAGAUGGCGGCGCUGACACCGGCUCAGAUUGAGCUAGCCAACUCUCUCACCCCGGCCGAGUUGCCUACGAAGCUACGAUGCGCCGUCUGCAGUAAAUUGGCCGUCAACGCAUUUAGAUUGCCCUGCUGCGAGACUGCGAUAUGCGAGAAAUGCCAAUCCACUCUACCCUCGGUCUGCCCCGUCUGCGAGCACUCGCCAGUUUCUGCCUCCGAUUGUACCAUCUACAAAUCUCUUAGAACUACCAUUAGGGUCUUCUUGAAGACCGAGGAAAAGAAGCGGGAAGCUGCCCGACCAAAAGCCAACGUAUCUACCCCGACUACGCCUGCGCAGGAUACACCGACGCCAACUCAGACGCGCACCCCUACCGAGCAACCUCCUGCGAAUGAUGUUGCCGAUGGGCAAGCUGGUGUAGAACCGAAAACUACGGAUUCCGUACCACCCUCUGGUGCGGCUGAUUCCGAGGGACCCUCGGCUGCCGAGCCGAAACCGGACGUUGAUGCUCAGCCUAAAGAGGAUGAGCCUGCAAGUGGGCUAGCCCAAGAGCAGCCUACCGGAGACGAUGAGUCCGAAGCCGUCGUCCCUCACGACCAGGAAGGCCAAGAUAGAGCAGCUGUAGAAAAUGUCCAAGAAGCAGAUCAGGGUGGCGAUGGCAAGGACCAGUUAGCGCAGUCCGGUAUAGGUUCUAGCUUCGAAUCUAUGAAUGGCAAUUUUAAUAUGAACUUCGGCAAUGGAGAUUUGAAUCAGAUGCAGAUGAUGAUGGCCAUGCAAAAUGGAAUGAAUCCGUCCGCUUUUGGCUCUUUUCCUAUGAUGGGAAUGAUGGAUCCCAUGGCGAUGCAGAAUAUGAUGAUGAAUGGUGGUUUUGGUGCACAGGGCAUAGGUAUGAACGGCAUGAACAUGAACAUGGGCAUGAAUGGGUUCAAUGGAGGCGGCAAUGACUGGAACGGACAACAAUCAUGGAACGUCGGCCAAGAUAAUUUCAAUCCAAAUGCUCCUGGAAUAGGAAAUGGUGAUUUUGGCAACUUUAAUGCUGGCUUCCGUACAGGCUUCAAUUCAGGUAAUUUUGGCCACCACAACCAGUUCAAUGAUUACCGCCGAGGCAAUUACGGAUAUCGAGGACGGGGCCGGGGCCGGGGCUUCUACGGAGGCUACGGUCGUGGAUACCAUCAGGGUUAUAAUAACGGAAACCAAGGCUGGGCCGGGCAGGCUCCUCAAUAUUCGGGCGAUAAAGAUGACUCAACCGUACAGGAAGUUUCUCAGGUAGCAGAGCAGACUCCCGGCAAUGUUGACGAGUUUGGCCGAGCACUACGAGCAGAGCCAAGUCAAGAUGCACAGACAGCCGGUGAGAAUGGGGAUGCCGAGACAGGGAAUAGCCAUGAUAGUGUUGCUGCUAAUGGAACCGACAAGCUAACACUGGGGAACUUUGAAGUAACCAAGGAGGAUGGGUCGCAAUCUGCGCAGGGUGAUGUAUCUGUAUCCUCUAGAGAUCAGCAUUCAGCACCUCAAGGUCCUCGUGGGAAUGUUGGCCCAUUGCGUCUUCAAACUUCGGUUCCGGAUAUACCGUUGAAUGCACCUACUGGGCCGAAAGCCAUGCGGCAGGGCCUCCCUAACACUAGUCUUCUCAACCUAAGAGCUCGUGGCUUAAUCACUGAUGAGAAGAGUCCCAGCUCACGUACUAAUCAUCCUCCCAUUGUGGCAAGCCCAGUGGAAGUUAAACAUAAAUCACGGAGUAGUUCUCCGCAGUCCUCUAAGGAUAAGGAGCGCCGCCAUCGUGAACGUGAUCGAGAACAUGAUGAAGAGGAGAAGAGUAGGGGGCAUCGUCGUGAUAGAGACCGUGACCGUUCUAGAACGUAUACCGGGUCUAAGAGUCGAAGUCGAAGUCGAAGUCGAAGUCGCAGUCGCAGCAGGGAUCGUAAGGAGCCCCGUAAGCAUAGACGACAUCGUUCUCCGUCAAUUUCCGAAGAUGAUCGUGACGGUGGCCAUCGCCGCCGCAGGCAUAAGAGCAGAAAGCAAUCUACCAGAGACGACGAUGAUUAUAGAGGUCGGUCGAGGGAUGGAAAGCACGAUGAACGAUCCAGAUCGGCCUCUCCCGUGGAUCGCGAACACAGGCGACCAAGUCACAGGAGUCGUCGCGAUAGAGAUGAGAAACGUCGAGACCACGAUGUCGAAAAAGAUAGCGACUACGACCGACACCGGAAAUCUGGCCAUAGGUCUCACCGGGAUCGCGACCAAGAUCGCGAUCGAGAUAGAGAACGAGAGAAGGAACGAGACAAAGACCGUGGUAAGGAUCGUGGCCGCGAUCACGAAGAAGAUCGCAGUCAUCGCAGCAGUAAAAAUCCAACUGCCCUACCUACACCGAUAGAGCCUUCGGAUAAAUCAUUCAAUCCCCCAACAGGUCCUCGAGGUAACUUCUCGAUCAAAGGGGCUAGUAACAAACAGGUUUCUGUGUCUGAUAUCAAGGGCGGCAGCAGCAAGCCUUCUAACUCAAGUAGGCGCGAAGGCGAAUCAUCUCGUCGUGCCUCUCAUUCCUCGGCUGCAGUUCAAAAGCCUGCAUCCGGAACGACAUCCAAAGACCCACAUACGCUAGAGCGUGAGGCUAGAGAUCGCGAGCGACUUCUCAAAGAGGCGCAGCGAAUGGCAACUAUAGGUCGCACUACAGGCGUCAAGCGUAGCCGUGACGGUGGGGACGAUCGCAGUAGCCGUCGGAAAAGCCGUCGCAGCGAGGCGGUAAAUACGGAGGACGAGGAAGGCCGUAUGAGACGUCUAGAAGCGGAGCGAGAGGGGCGCCGCUGGGAUUAGCAUACGACAGGCACCACGUCGAGCAAAAGGCGAAGAAUGCUAAGGACCGGCAAUACAGAAACGGUCAGAAGUCACGGCAUAGAUAAUCGCACCUCGAAGAAUCCCGUCUUUUCCAGGGUCCGAGUUCUGAUGCCGGAGAGGCUUAGCACGAACUUCCUUCGAUUACGAACUGUUUUCCCGGGAGGUACGAAGCAAAAGAAGAAGCAAAAAAUGGAGCUGCGUUUUCUUUUCUUUUUUUAUUCCAAUCUGGGCUGUAUUAUAUUGCACUCGAGAGCGAGGGGGGGUUCACUGCAUACAUGCAUUCUUGUACUCAAACAAAACCACAGCAUAACAUUCACAGGAGGGGGGACUAGAUAUACUAAGGGGGGUUCCAAAGCAUUAGGCCUAGAAGAGACGAGGGUUGACCGUUUGGAGGGAACAGCGAGUCUAACUAUAAUAAAGAAAAGAAUCAGUACAGUACCUAUUAAUUGACACUCGUACUUGCCUAAUUAAUAUAACAUGCUUCUACG